AUGCCUUUGGAGAUCAGACAAGUGGAGAGGGGCGACAUUCCCGCCAUCGCCAGGAUGGACCGCAUGGUCAUGAAAGAUGUCGGUAUCUCCAACGCCAUCUGGAGGAUUCAAGAAGCUGAAGACGUCGAUAUCGCGUACGCUUUCGAACGAUUCAUUUCAAACGGCAUGGAACACCACGCAGAAACAUUCUGGAAAGUCGUGGAUACUGAUAGCAACGACAUGAUUUCGGUCGCAAAAUUCUCGUUCCAAUAUCAUGAAGGCGAGGCGUAUCAGGACACUCCUGUGGAAGGCGAGGAGCCUCCACCCAAGAAGCUGAUAGAGUUCUUCACAUGGCUCAACAAGGGGUCGAACGAGUUUGCUCAAAAGAACUUUGCGGGCAAACCGCAUGCGCAUCUCGCAUACCUUGCGACACACCCGUCACACCGAAGGCGCGGAGCAGCACACAUGCUGCUUGAANAAGGUACACAGAAAGCCGACGAAGCAGGACUGGACAUGUAUCUUCAAGCAUCUCUGAUGGGAGCAAAGUUAUACNAAAAGUUUGGAUUCGAGGUUGUGUCGGUCGAAGAGCUCGACCUGAGUCAGUAUGGAGUGGACAAGGUCGAAACACGAACAUACAUGAAGAGAGCGACUCGGGCAGUUCGUCAAUAA